AUGGCCACCACCGUGAACCCUGACCCGGAGGCGGCGCUCGGCGGCGCGAAGGAACCGAGGGGCCCAAGGUCGCUGCUUGCGCGCGCGCGCGACAACCUGGCGUUCCAGUCGGUGUGGCCGGAGCUGAACGGCGCCAUGGGCGACCUGGGCACCUACAUCCCGAUCGUGCUGUCGCUGGCGCUGGCUCGGCACCUGGACCUCGGCACCACGCUCGUCUUCACGGGCAUCUACAACGCCAUCACGGGGCUCAUCUACGGCGUGCCCAUGCCCGUGCAGCCGAUGAAGGCGAUCGCCGCCACCGCGCUGUCCGACGCGUCGUUCGGCGUCCCCGAGAUCAUGGCCGCCGGCAUCCUGACCGCCGCCUUCGUGCUCCUCCUCGGCGCCACGCGGCUCAUGCAGCUCGUCUACCGGGUCGUCCCGCUCCCCGUCGUGCGCGGCAUCCAGCUCGCGCAGGGGCUCAACUUCGCCAUGGCGGCCGUCAAGUACAUCCGUUACGAGCAGGGUCUGGAGAGCAGCAGCAGGAGGAGGAGGACGGGGACUGUCCGCCGAGAGCAAGGCACCCAUCCCGAUGAAAAUCAACAAGAACCAGAAGAAGAGGAAGAGAGGCAAGGUGGUGGUGGCUGGCGGUCUAUGGUACGGCGCGCGGCGCCGGCGAUACCGUCGGCGGUGAUGGUGUUCGUUCUGGGCGUGGCGUUCGCGGUGGCGCGGCACCCGGCGGCGGUGCGGGAGCUGCGCUUGGGUCCGUCGCGGAUGCGCGUGGUGCGCAUCUCGCGUGAGGCGUGGAAGCAAGGGUUCCUCAAGGGCGCGGUGCCGCAGAUCCCGCUGUCCGUGCUCAACUCCGUGGUGGCCGUCUGCAAGCUGACGCGCGACCUGUUCCCGGACAAGGCGCCGUCGGCGACGCCGACGUCGGUGUCGGUGACGAUGGGCGGGAUGAACCUGGUGGGGUGCUGGUUCGGCGCCAUGCCGUGCUGCCACGGCGCGGGCGGGCUGGCGGGGCAGUACAAGUUCGGCGGGCGCAGCGGCGGGUGCGUGGCGGCGCUGGGCGCGCUGAAGCUGGCGCUGGGCCUGCUCCUGGGCGGCUCCAUGCUGCGGGUGCUCUCGGAGUUCCCCGUGGGACUGCUCGGCGUGCUCCUGCUGUUCGCGGGAGUGGAGCUCGCCGUCGCCGCCAGGGACAUGUCGUCAAAGGCCGAGGCUUUCGUCAUGCUGCUCUGCACCGCCGUGUCGAAUGUGGGAUCCAGCGCCGCGCUCGGGUUCCUCUGCGGCAUGAUCGCCCACGGCCUGCUCAUGCUCAGGGCAUGGGCCAUGGGGGUCAGGCUCAGCUAG